GCUGUUGUGGUUCAAUGGGUCGUUGCUUUGUUCGCGCCAGUGCGGCGCUGAGCUCAUGGCAAGAGACCAGGUGAGACGCGAGCAGAGUGGCGUGGUGAAGAAACACCCCUUCCAGGGCAGAACGAUUGCUAUCGUCAAUGACUUGUCCCUGGAUGAGCAGUGGUACGUCUACCACAAGACCAGAGAGUUGAAAGAAGCCAUUCGCACCGGGGAAAACCUCGACCAGUUUCGGCUACAGAAUCGUGAGGCUGCGGUGUACACCAUUUUUAUGGAGGACUCCACUCGGACAAAGGAAUCCUUUCGCAAUGCAGCCGAGUUCCAUGGCCUCAAGGUCAACGUCUUCGAUGCCAAGACAUCAUCCUUCCAGAAGAAUGAGACCAUCACAGACACCAUCAAGAUGUUGUGCGGCUAUUCAACUGGCCAGAGCCUGUUUGUUGUUCGUUCCAAGGUGGAGGGUGUCUGCCGAUGGCUGGAAGAGGCCAUCACCAAGUACUGCAAACAGCGAGGCUUUCCGAGGGCCUCCUUCAUCAAUGCAGGUGACGGGCGGCAUGAACAUCCGUCACAGGAGAUGUUGGAUGAGUUCAGCUUCCUUGAGACCAAAGGUUGGGAUACCUCAAGUAUCCAUUUGGCCUUGUUGGGUGACCUCUUCCAUGGCCGCACCGUGCACUCCAAGGUCGAUGGCCUAAGGAUCUAUCGCAAGGUCUUCGUGGAUUUGGUGGCGCCAGCAGAGUUGGCCCUGCCCAAGAUGUAUGAAGACCGGAUGGUGGCCAGGGGCUAUGUGGUCAGGAGAUUCGCGUCCAUUGAUGAAUACCUGGCACAAGACAAGGUGGCCAAGAUUUGGUACUUCACUCGCUUGCAACUUGAGCGCAUGGGUGACAAGGUCUUGGACAAGUCAAUGGAAUUGCGGACAGCGGUGACGAUGCGCCGCGACUUUGUGCAGUUGUUGCCCGAGGGCACAAAGUUCUUUCAUCCCUUGCCGAGGGACGCGAGAUAUCCCGUGUUGCCAUUCUGGUUGGACGGAACUGAGCUCAAUGGCUGGGACCAACAGUCACAGAAUGGCUACUUCACGCGUAUUGUUCUUCUUGGCAUGCUAGGUGGCCAUUUUGGAGAUGACUUCCGCAGCAGUGGCAAAGAGGGCACCCUGCCCACCAGUCCCAUGCUGCUGAAAAGCCCCUUUACAGGAGAUUUCUCUCCAACUUCAGGGCCAAUCGGGGCCGACAUGCCCGAUGAUUUGGAUCUGGGCUACUCCCCUGCAUUCUUGGCAGCCACUGAUUUCAUCAAGGAAGUUGCGAUGGCCCCCACGGAGAGUUGUCCGGACAAAGUGAGUGAAGAGGUUGGUUUGGUGCCCAUUGCCAAUGGUAUCAUUAUCGACAACCUGGCGUCAGGGCAGAGCAUCGAGCAGGUGUGGAGCCUGAUGUACAUGGUGCGGGAUAUCUUGGACCUCCACAGCGUAGGCGGUCAGGGUGUCAGAUCCUCCGAGGAAUUCCCAGGUAAAGGCAGCGGCUUCAUCUCAGUUCCAGAUGUGGACGUCAGUAGUUGGGAUCGCCAGCCCUUGAAGCGCUUAGCCGCCAUGGCACCAGGCAGUACCUUGAAGGUCAUGAAAAAUGGCAAGGUGGAGCGCGAGUUCAGGUUGCAGGUCCCUCCCCGAGUUUACAACUUUAAGGACAUUUCAUGCAAGAACACCGCUUGCGUUUCCCACCCCAAGAACAUGCAGCACGAAGUGGAACCUUUCUUUGAACGCUGUAGACACGCAGGGACAGGUGGUGAAGAGCAGAAGGAUGUGAUGGCUUUCAACUGCAAGUAUUGCGAGACACAGCACAACUUCUGGGAGAUCUGGAACUAUGAGUUCCAUCGGCCAACUGAUGCAACCAUUUGAAAGAAGUGAGUUGCGGUUCUUUGGGCCGUUUAGGCUAGGUAUGCUAGGUGCGCCCAGCGCACUCAGCAUAGAUGCGCGACACACAGCGCAGAGUUGCUUUAGGGGAGGGGAGAACCUCGCUGCCGAGCUCAGACCUUCGACAUUGGCUGGCCGCCGUUUAAGCAUCCACAUUUUUCCCCUUUUUUGUAGAAA